AUGUCGAACCUUCCCAAAGAGCCAGAGUUCGAGCAGGCGAGUCAUAGCAACGCAGCGCCGAGCUUUGCAUGCACCCAGCUGACGAUACCUCAGCAAUGUGUCACUCUUUCGCUCGCAAUAGGCGCUGCACGAGGUGGAGACUACACUUGCGCCUUUCCUCAAGAAGUACCCCGAGUACAAGAAGGCGCUCGAGAUUGUCCAGAUCCCAGAGCGCAUCAUCCAAUUCCGUGUUGUCUGGGAAGAUGAUAAUCACCAAGCUCAAGUCAACCGCGGGUUUCGCGUGCAGGUGAGGCUCGAGUGAAGGAGGAUGUGAGACUAAACGUUUGUAUGCUGCAGCGAUCUUCUGACUUCGCGACCUCAAACUCGGCGUGUGCUCAGUUCAACAGCGCACUCGGACCUUACAAAGGAGGUCUCAGAUUGCAUCCCACAGUCAAUCUCAGCGUGCUCAAGUUCUUGGGCUUCGAGCAAGUCUUCAAGAAUGCAUUGACUGGCAUCCCUAUCGGAGGUGGUAAGGGUGGCUCUGACUUUGACCCAAAGGGCAAGAGCGACGCAGAGGUGCGCCGCUUCGUCAAGGUGAGCUGGAGCUGGCGUAUGAGAGCAUACCUGCGGAGCCAUGAGAGCUGACAACGUUGUGUCCAACUUCCUAGUCAUUUGCGACUGAGCUUUCGAGACACAUCGGAGCUGAUACUGAUGUUCCAGCUGGAGACAUUGGUUUCUCGACCAGGGAAGGUGGCUUCCUCUUCGUGAGUGAACGAAAAUGCCGUGCUGGCAUGCGCAGUGUGAUUUCAUGUUCUGAUUUGCGUCAUUGACUUUGGGGUUACCUUCAAUAGGGUCAGUACAAAGCCCUCAAGAACGAAUGGGUGGGCAUCCUGACGGGUAAGGCCCUUGACUGGGGUGGUUCCCACGUCAGGCCCGAAGCAACCGGCUAUGGAACUGUGUACUACGUGGAGCAUAUGCUUGCUCACGCGGGCCACGCCGACGGCUUCAAGGGCAAGCGCGUGAUCAUUAGCGGUUCGGGCCAAGUUGCGCAAUUUGCAGCACUGAAGGUGAUUGAGCUCGGCGGAACCGUCUUGACCUUCUCAGACUCAAAGGGUAGUCUGGUCGCCACUGGCGAAGCUGGCUUUACGAAGGAGGAGAUCGAAGAGAUUUACAAGAUCAAGUUCGCCAGGAAGGAGCUCUCCACCCUCGGUGACAAGGGCGGCAAAUACAAAUUCCAUGGCGAUAGCGCUCGCCCCUGGACACUUAUUGACAAGUGAGUCUGAUACAGCAGUCUUGCUCAAGCCCUCCUCGCGUCUUUGCAGAGUACCUAAUACAUCCUUCUUCUAUUAGAUACGAUGUGGCGCUUCCCUGUGCAACUCAGAACGAGAUGAAUGCGCAAGAAGCUGACUUUGCCAUCAAGGCUGGAUGCGUCGCAGUCGCAGAGGGAAGCAACAUGGGUUGCGACCCAGGCGCGAUCGACGCUUUUGAGAAGUCUCGCGUGGAGAAGGGCAAGAAGGGAACUUGGUACGGUCCAGGAAAGGCCGCCAACUCUGGUGGUGUGGCCGUAUCUGGUCUUGAGAUGCAACAGAACAAGGGUCUCACUCAGUGGACCCCAGAGGUUGUGGACGCCAAGUUGAAGGAUAUGUGAGUUGCGGCGCCUUGAGCCACCACGCAAAAAGAGAGAUUUUAGCUGACGCAUUGCGUCGCGCACUGGGCAUCCUCUACUCCGCAGCAUGAAGUCUGCUUUCCAACAAUGCUACGACGCUGGCGCAGAGUUCCCCCUAUCUGGAAGCAAGGAGGAGAUCCCUUCGCUGCUUGUAGGUGCCAACAUCGCGGGUUUCCGCCGCGUUGCCAACGCCAUGAAGGAUCAUGGUGACUGGUUUUAA